UCGGGGAAUUUUACAAUGACGAAAUCCCCGCCGAAUCGCACCGCGGUGGAACGGUACUGCUGCCGAGUGGGAUUAUGCUGCUGCGUGGCGGCGGCAUUUCCGGCGCGCUCUUUGUUAUUCCUGUUGCCGUUGGUGGUGUGGGCCCAUGUAUUGAGUGGCGGACGGACAGUGAUGGCCGGCAGUGAUGCCUUUGUGAUGCAGUGUUACGCAUGUUCCGGCACCCAUGACGACGGAUGCAGCACCUACGCGGCGGACAUGGAUAAACUGCAGCGGUACAUCGUCAAUUGUACCAAAGGGACGCAUGAAUGCUUUAAGAUUAUCACACCCCAAACGCAUGCCGUGCAGAGAUCCUGCGGCAUCGAUCCCACAAUGGACGGCUUCGAUAUGCCGCUAAAAGAUGGUUGCGUCGAUAUCCCGCAUUUGGGCUAUGUCUGCUCGUGUUCUACGCGAUCCCUUUGCAAUGCGGCCACAAGUUUGUACGGACGCCGUCGACAUUCUGAUUUGACAAUAACCGGCUCAAUAGUAAUAUUUAAACCAUUUUUUACAUUUUUGUCCCAUCAUGCGCAUGAUCUGAUCAACGUCAGUUGGAUAAUUAGUUUUUUCCUGCUUGGUGCAGCUUUUAAUCUUAUCCUAUAGGCAAUCACGUGAAAGAUUUCCCCUACAGCGCUCAAUUUGGAUAAAGAUAGAUUUAAUUUUGAAUGCGGACGAAUAAUUGCCUGUUUAUGAAUAUGACCAGUAGAUGACCACCAGUAGAUGACCAUUGAUUUUACCAGUAGCUGUAUUCCAAUGAAGAACAAUUACUACCGCUACUGGUUACGAAAACCGAAACAUAAGGAAUUUCAAUAAAGAAUGGCA